UGAGGAGUCGGCUUGAGACAGGCAAGCCUGGCCGUGAGCCCCAAGCCCCCAAGCAAGAGGAAGUUUGACUGACAAAUUAAAGGAGCCACACGAAGAUGCUCACACCCCCGCCAAAGCCAUUAAACCCUACUCAAACCCUUACUUGGCCUAUGGUAUGCGCACCUCUCUUUCUCUCCUCCGUUCACUCUCUUUCUCUCUCCACCGCCUUCCCUCCACCAGACCCCACCACUUUUCUGGCCCCUCUGCAGUAGCCUCUUCUUCUCACAGUACUUUCGUAGAACACCUGUCGACCAGCCAAAAAACUUCUGAAGAAGACGACGCGUUUGGCUGCUUCAAUGAAAAUCACAGUAAAGGGUAUUUGGAUUUUUAUUUUGGAAAUGAAAUGAAGCUCUUGGGUAAGUCCGCUGCGGAGGUGAAGGAGCUGGAGGAGUUGCCUGAACAGUGGAGAAGGGCCAAGUUGGCAUGGUUGUGUAAAGAAUUGCCUGCUCAUAAAGCGGGGACGCUUGUUAGGAUUUUGAACGCGCAGAAGUGGUUGAGGCAAGAGGAUGCCACUUACGUGGCUUUUCAUUGUUUGCGGAUUCGCGAAAAUGAUACUGGCUUCAGGGUGUACAAAUGGAUGAUGCAGCAACAUUGGUAUCAAUAUGAUUUUGCCCUUGCUACUCAGCUGGCAGACUAUAUGGGUAAGGAGCGAAAGUUUUCCAAAUGUAGGGAUAUAUUUGAUGACAUAAUUAAUCAUGGACGUGUGCCUUCUGAAUCUACAUUUCAUAUUUUAGUUGUUGCAUAUCUGAGUGCAUCAGUUCAGGGUUGCUUGGAUGAAGCAUGCAGCAUCUAUAAUCGUAUGAUUCAGAUGGGAGGUUACCAACCGCGCCUUGGUUUGCACAAUUCUCUCUUCAGAGCUCUUGUGAGCAUACCUGGAGGCCUGUCAAAACAUUACCUCAAGCAAGCUGAGUUCAUUUUUCACAAUCUGAAGAUAUCAGGACUUGAGAUACAGAAGUUUAUUUAUGGUGGAUUAAUUUGGCUACAUAGCUAUCAAGACACCAUAGAUAAAGAAAGGAUAGAAUCACUAAGGGAAGAAAUGCAGCAAGCAGGAAUUGAGGAAGGCAGUGAAGUGCUAUUGUCUACCCUGAGAGUUUGCUCAAAAGAGGGUGAUGUGGAGAAAGCAGAAAGAAUUUGGGUCAAACUAGUUGAAUGUGAAAUUGACAUCCUUGCUCAAGCUUUUGUUUAUAAAAUGGAAGCUUAUGCAAAGAUUGGGGACUUCAUGAAAUCUUUGGAUAUAUUCAGAGAGAUGAAGAAGCAUCUAGGUUCCGCAAGUGUUCCAGCAUAUCAUAAAAUCAUAGAGGUGUUAUGCAAAGCUCAGGAAACAGAUCUUGCAGAAUCCCUCAUGAAAGAGUUUGAAAAGAGUGGUAUGAAGCCACUUAUGCCUUCUUACAUUGAGCUGACAAAUAUGUACCUCAAUUUGGGAAUGCAUGACAGAUUACACUUGGCCUUCUUAGAUUGUCUUGAGAGAUGUCGACCUAACCAAACUAUUUACAACAUUUACUUGGAAUCUUUGAUGGCAUCUGGUUAUCCAAACAAAGGUGAGGAGAUUUUUAACCAAAUGCUUAAGGAUGAGAUGAUUGGUGUCAAUGCUAGAUCAUGCAACACCAUUUUACGUGGAUACCUCUCUUCUGGAGAUUAUAAGAAGGCAGAAAAAAUAUAUGAUCUGAUGUGCCAGAAGAAGUAUGAAAUUGAGUCCACGUCAAUGGAAAAAAUUGACUUUGUCUUGAGCUCAACCAGGAAAGUUGUUAAGAAACCUUUAAGCAUAAAGUUGAGUAAAGAGCAACGAGAGAUUUUAAUUGGUUUGCUUUUAGGUGGUCUGCGUAUUGAAUCAGAUGAAGAGAGGAAGAAUCACAUGAUCCGGUUUGAGUUCAGUGAGAAUUCUGUUGUGCAUUUAAUUUUGAGAAGACAUUUGUAUCAUCAGUACCACGACUGGUUACAUCCUUCUUGUAAGUUGAGUGAUGAUGGUUGUGGGGAUAUACCGUACAGAUUUUCCACUAUAUCACACUCGUACUUUGGUUUUUAUGCAGACCAGUUUUGGCCAAAAGGUCAAUCAAUGAUUCCCAAGCUAAUCCAUCGUUGGCUAUCUCCACGUGUGUUGGCAUACUGGUAUAUGUAUGGGGGACACAGAACUUCUUUAGGAGAUAUAAUAUUAAUGCUGAAGGGAAGCAGCGAGGGUGUUGAGAAGGUUGUCAGAGCUUUAAAAUCUCAAUCUCUUGACUGCAGGGUAAAGAAGAAAGGGGAAGUGUUUUGGAUAGGAUUCCUGGGAAAUAAUUCUUUGUGGUUUUGGAAACUGAUAGAACCUUAUGUUUUGGAUGACUUGAAAGAGAGUGAUCGCAGACCGGGCGAUGAAACCUCAGUUAAUAGAACAGAUGAAACAGAAGAUAUCAACUUCCAUAGUGGAUCUGAUUCUGAUAGUAGUGUUUCCAACGGCAGUGAUGAAGACAACUUGUAGAGUUUGUAUUUAUGUAUUAUCUUUGAUCAGUUUCAUUUAUGAAGAUUGGCUCAUAGACUGCCGAAUGCCAGAUCAAUUUGUUCAUGAAAUUUGAAGACUUCUGAACCAAACUCAUCCUGAGCAGCUUCUCAAGUUAUACGUACAAAUACUAUACGGCAUUCAGAGUCAACUCUUAUAUGUUCUCAAACUAGUUAGUCAACAAUUUUCCUAUACAAAUCAUAGCUUUUUCACUUGUGUAAACUCGUUUAAUCUAUGAUGGAGGUUCAAUUUUAUAAUCAGAAAGGACUACUGUUAUCAUGUAAUAUAGACUUCCAUUCUUGUGCUUUGACACCCAUAAA